ACCACCACACAGCAGACUCAUCAGAAAUAAAAAUAAAAAACUCUAUUACAACAGAGUAACACUUUUGGGGAAGAAAGGAAAAAAAAAAAAAAACAAAGACAACCAACACAAAACGUUCAUCUCUUUUAACAGCCACCAUCUUUAUGAGUAGCGCAGCGAACGCCAAGCCCGUCCUUCAAGGUGUCAAGAUCAGACCUCGCAAGGGUGUUCAAAAGGCCACAGCCAAAUUCGAGCCCACUGUUUUCCGUGACGCAUUCAUUAGCGUUAUCUCGUCCGCUACUCCAGGCAACCUUGACGAUCUCUCUACAAAAUUGGAUGCUGCUGGCAACAAUCUUGAGUAUAGACGCUACGCUGAGACUCUUUUUGAACUCUUAAUCACCGGCCGUCUCCUCGCUCCCGGUGGAACUUUUCUCGAGGAUGGAACUCCCGCUAGCCCAUUCAGCAUCUUCCAGGCUCAAGAUGAUCUUGCUAGCAUCAGAAAAUACGUGGAUGUUUUCCACAAGCUCAUGCGCCGCUACAAGUAUUUGCAGCGCGGUUUUGAGGAUACCUUGACGAACUUGCUCCAAUACAUCAACAAGUUUUCCCCUGAGGAUACCAACAAACUUGCCAUGGCCACUGGACUCUUCUGCGCUUCAGGACUUGCCUCUCUGACUGUCUUGACGGUUUUAUUCAAGGAGCACUUGGUUAAAGAGGGCCUUUCCCUUCAGUUUGUCACAACUGUCUUCAAGAUUUAUUUGAUCGACCAAUCUGUUGAUCAGUUUGGUCUCAAUCUUUAUAAGGUUGGAAUGAGCGAUCGUCUUUUGGACUUCUUCCCUCCUAAUAAGCGUGACGAGGACAGCUUCGCUCGUCAUUUUGAGGCCGAGGAUAUGAAGCAACUCGUUGUCUACCAAAACAAGAAGCAGCUCGUCUUGCGCAAAGAGAGCAUCAUCGAGAAUGUCAAGACUUUCCUGGAAGAGGGCAAGACUGCGGAGUGCAUGACUUUCCUCAAGGCUCAAAGCAAAGAAAGUGGCUUGUCUGAGCCUGAGUUCAUCCCCUUGAUCUGGACUGGUAUUAUGGCUUCAGUCGAUUGGGGAACGCGUAUGGAUCAAAUCGAUGGUCAGAUUGUGAAGCAGGUGCAGCAGUAUAGCAAAUUAUUGGGAGCUUUCUGCACCUCACCCAAGACUGAGAUUGCAUUGUUGCAACAUAUCCAGGUGAACUUUUACGAAGAUGCUCGUUUUAUUAAGCAGUUCCGCGCUGUGACUCAGCGUUUGUACAACAAUGACGUUCUCUCAGAGAGCGCGAUCUUGUACUGGGCGGAGAAGGGAGUUAAGCCUCAAGGAAAAACUGUUUUUAUGAAGCAGAUGGAGCCCUUCAUCCACUGGCUCAAGAAUGCAAGUGAUGAAGAGGACUCUGAGGAGGAAGAGUAAAACAAAAACAAAAAAAGGGUUUUUUUGACACAGAUGCAUCCAAACCACAUAUUCACGGACACACAGGCGCACAUUAGUGCGAAUAUCUUAUUUUGAAAAAAAGAAACUAAAAUAAAAGAGGGUUCGUUUUGUAACAUAUUCUUACAUACAGACUACACUUUUGAGUUGAUGCAUAAUAAAACUAAAGAGCACAC